AACCGCCAGCCCGCAGUGAGCGAUUAUCUCCGGGUUAAACAGCGCCUGAAGCCGGCUUUAUCCUCUUUAUUUGUGUACAUCUUCGUCUUUGUGUCUCCGCGGGGUUACUGGAGGAAUCUUACAGUCCGGAGGAUCGCUGGUCUGACGGCAGAGCGGAUGUAAACAAACAGAAGAUCCGGUUUCAUUCAUCAACCAACUCUGCAGUUCUUCAUCGUCAGAGAAUAACAUGAGCUCUGCUCUGGAGGAUCCGACACUUGAGCGCAACUUUAAGGGCCACAGAGAUGCGAUCACCAGCCUGGACUUCAGCCCAGCGGGCAAACAGAUUGCCACGGGCUCGGUGGACGCGUGUGUGAUGGUCUGGAACAUGAAGCCUCAGUCGAGGGCCCACAGGUUUACAGGACACACGGAUACGGUGACGUGUGUGACUUUUCUCCGUCUGCCUCAUCUGCUGGCCUCAGCGUCCAGAGACAAGACCGUCCGCCUCUGGGUGCCCAGUGUGAAGGGAGAGUCGGUGUUGUUCAGAGCACACACAGGAUCGGUGCGCAGUGUGUGUUUCUCCACUGACGGUCAGUCGCUCCUCACCGCAUCUGAUGAUCAGAGCAUCAAACUGUGGAGCGUCCACCGCCAGAAGAUCAUCUGCACACUCAGAGAACACAACAACUGGGUGCGCUGCGCUAGGUUUUCUCCAGACGGUCAGCUGAUGGUGUCGGCCAGUGAUGACAGAACAGUGAAGCUGUGGGACGCCAGCAGCAGACAGCUCAUACACACCUUCUGUGAGCCCGGCGGGUACUCCAGCUAUGUGGAUUUCCACCCGAGCGGCACCUGCAUCGCCACCGCCAGCUCUGACAACACUGUGAGGGUGUGGGACAUCCGCACACACACACUCCUGCAGCACUAUCAGGUUCACAGUGCAGCAGUGAACGCUCUCUCCUUCCACCCGUCGGGGAAUCACCUGCUCACAGCAUCCAGCGACUCCACACUGAAGAUCCUGGACCUGCUGGAGGGACGACUGCUGUACACACUGCACGGACACCAGGGUUCUGCCAGCUGUGUGUCCUUCUCCCGCUCUGGAGAUCAGUUUGCCUCCGCUGGCUCAGAUCAACAGGUGAUGGUGUGGAGGACCAACUUUGACUCUGUGGAUUACAGUCGAGGGCUGCAGCAGAAGAGAGACCGAGUUCACAGAAGACCUUCAGCACAGGUGUCUGGAGCCGCCGGUGAUCCUGAGAGCCGAUCGGGACAGAAAACAGAGGUUUCGCCGCUGCUGGGAGUGUCUGUGGAGAGAUCUGUGCGUGAACCGACCCCUCAGCAGCAGCAGCAGAUGGAUGCGGACGGCGUUCCUGAGGCUCUGACCAGCACACUGCAGCACAUCAUCGGCCAGCUGGACGUGCUCACACAGACGGUGGCCAUUCUGGAGCAGCGACUGACUCUGACGGAGGACAAACUGAAGGAGUGUUUGGAGACUCAGCGUCAGGCCAUGACUGAACACUGAUGGAGAAACCUCCAUCUGAAGCCCCCAGUGUGUGUUUGUCCUGCUGAAAUCAGCUUUCUCACUGGCUUCAGUCACGAUGGUAUACAGUUAUUAUUCACUCUGUCUGCAGUUCACUGUUUUUACUCUUGCUGCUGCUCAUCAAUUAAAUCACACUGCAAGUGUUCUGCACAUAAA